GAUCUGACAUGUGACAUUUAAUUUUGGCAUCUGCCAAAAUACCAAGGAGAAAAAGUUAAAUUAUUUUAGUGUGAUCACUCAUUGAACGAGUGCAAAAUGUUGAGGUCUGCGAUUUUAGCUGAAAGCGUCUUAAAAAAUGGUUCCAAGGUCCUUGGUUCCGUACCAAAUGCUCGUUGGCAACCUCAGCAACAACAACAGAGAAAUUUAAAUGUCCAUGAACACAUCAGUUACACAUUACUCAAAAAUGCAGAUAUUACUGUUCCUAAUUUUGGUGUAGCAAAAACUAAAGAAGAAGCCAAGAAAAUUGCAGAAAGUCUCAACACAAAGGAUCUUGUAUUGAAAGCACAAGUUCUAGCUGGUGGUCGCGGUAAAGGAAGCUUCAAAAAUGGACUUAAGGGUGGUGUCAGGAUGGUGUAUUCACCUGAGGAAGCUGAAGACAUUUGUGGUAAAAUGUUGGGACAAUAUCUAGUCACCAAACAAACUGGUGAAAAAGGGAGGAUAUGCAAUGCUGUUAUGGUAGCAGAAAGGAAGUUCCCUAGGAAAGAGUUUUAUUUCGCAGUCAUGAUGGAACGUGCAUUCAAUGGACCAGUUAUAAUAGCUUCAUCCCAGGGUGGUGUAAACAUAGAAGAAGUGGCUGCAGAAAACCCAGAUGCAAUUCUCUAUGAACCUAUUGAUGUUAUGAAAGGUCUGACCAAAGAACAAGCAGAAAAAGUAGCUGUCAAAGUUGGUUUAGAGUCACAAAAGGCGAAAACUGCUGAUAUGCUUUUGAGAAUGUAUGAUUUGUUUGUGAAAAAGGAUGCCCUUCUUAUUGAAAUCAAUCCCUAUGCUGAAGAUGCUGGAGAAAAAUAUUUUUCUUUGGACGCUAAAUUCCGCUUCGACGACAACGCCCAGUUUCGACAAAAAGAACUUUUCAGCCUAAGAGAUUGGACGCAAGAAGAUGAAAAAGAAGUAGCCGCCGCCAAAUUCGAUUUGAACUAUAUCGCUUUAGACGGAAACAUUGGAUGUAUGGUAAAUGGUGCGGGUCUCGCCAUGGCCACUAUGGACAUUAUUUCUCUUCACGGAGGUUCUCCGGCCAACUUUUUGGACGUUGGCGGUGGCGCUACGGCUCAAGCGGUAAAAGAAGCUUUUAAAAUCAUUACAGCCGAUCCCAAAGUACACGCUAUUCUAGUCAACAUUUUUGGAGGUAAUCAAUCACAUAAAGUAUUUACAAAUAGCAUUAUGUUGGUUUUUUCAGGUAUCAUGAGAUGUGAUGUUAUAGCUGAAGGUAUUAUAGCCGCGGCUAAAGAGCUAAGUCUAAAAAUGCCAAUAAUCUGUAGAUUACAAGGUACCAACGUAGACGAUGCUAAGGUUUUAAUCGCGGCGUCAGGUUUAAAAAUACUUCCUGUAGAUAAUUUGGAUGAAGCUGCGAGGUUAGCUGUGAAGCUGUCGAAUAUAGUCAGCUUGGCACGUGAUGCCAAAUUAGAUAUUAAUUUCGAAAUGCCACUCUAAAUUUUUUCGCUAUUUAUUAUUUUACUUGUUUCAGAUUUUAGAAGCAAUUGAGUAUUGAUGUCCUUGUAUUGAAAAUCUUGACUGAUUUUUUCAAGUAAACUCUUUCCAUUCGAAAAACUAUCAAAAUAUACAAUAUUCUAGUUAUUGAAUGCUGAGAACAUGUCUUGCAAUCAUAUAUGUUUCAUAUGCUUAGUCUCAAUCGAAAUAUUUAUUACACACUUCUCUGCUUUGUAUUAUCCAUAUCCACAACUGAAAAUUCCAUCUCUUUAAACAAAAAGUUUAUUAAUUCGACUUCUAUUACCCCUUAUCUUUCUUUAACAUUAUACCAAUAACAAAAAAUACUUACAGGGGCGUAUAGUUUAACCCAUGCGUUAAUUUUGGUCUUCAAAUGUUGUUGUAAACAUUUUUGACAAAUGUCUGUAUCAGUAUUACUGGUAAUUAGAUGUUUUACAUUUGAGACAUGGAGUCUUAAUUUUUCUUUCUGUUGGGUUUUACUUAAAACCAUUUCACGUGCUUUUGAAGUUUAGUCUUUGGAUUUAUUGGUUACAAACUAAUCUAUGGUACCACAUAUUUGCAAUUUUCUUUGUUUUUUUUAACAAACGACUCUCAAUUUCAAUCUUAAUAUAAAGUACAAGUGGAUUAUGCAUAUUGUCCUCGAUAAGUAACUUCAAAACUUCAACUUCUAUUAUAACAUUUCGUGAGUUUGUUUUUGAAUCAGGCACAUGAAACAGAAUAUUCCUUUUAGGCACAUGUAAUUGAGGGUGCUCCUUUUUAGACCAUAAAUGUUCAUCUUUGUUCAAAAAUUAAUUUCCAACAUUGUGUCAUGGACGUUCAAAGUUUUCAUUGUAUGAAUAGGAAUAUUUGCUCCAUAAUCUGAAGUACUGCUUUCUCAUUUAGUCUCUUCUUCUAUCCAGGUUUUCAUUUAAGUCUCUUAGAUAAAAUUUGAACCAUAUUCAGUUCAAAACUAUUAAGCAUUUCAGAAUAUAUAUACACUAACAUAUGGUUAUAGGGCACCCAAUAAAGAAUAUCGAAGUAAAAUAUUUUUGCUUUAUCAAAGGACAUGGGCCUUUGGUAACGUCAAGUGGGGCACGACGGGUCUAUGUGAAGGCCUAGGUGCUUAACGGUCCCUUCGCCGCCCAUAUUUAACUAUGAACUAUGAAAAGUUUUGCUUAUUUCAUUUAGAGGAUUAUUUUUGAGAUUAUAAACUUAGAUUUUUACCAUUUAGUAAAGAUUCAAUAUUUUGAACCAGUUUAUUCUCGUCAUGGUGUGAAUACCUACUCUCUUGUUUCCAUCCAUGGCGUUCGAAAACUAUAACAAUAUUUUUUGUUUACACUAACAUGAAGUUUUAGGUUACCCAAUAAAAAGUAUCGAAGCUGAGUUUAAACAAAUGAAUGGUAAUUAAAUCAAACAUCGCUGGGGUCUCUUAUAACCCUUGUCAGUAUUUUAUUUUUUUUCCCUAAGGAUGUGCCUAAACUAUUGUAAAUUUCCCGUUCUUAACAAUUAUUAUCAGAUGUAGUUCAGUCCAGUGAAGCUUCCUUAGGCAACUGAGUGACUAUAACUUCAUUAAUUGUGUCUUUAUUCCUCACAAUAAUGUGGAAUUUAUGUAAAAUUUUGAAAGAUCUGUUUUAUUUUAUGUCUCUUUUGGUUAUGUAAUUCCACUUGGUAUGGUGCAAGGUCAAAAUAUUGCACGUUAUUUUACAUUAUGCAAGACUGUCACUAACAAAAUUUCCAUUAGUAAAAGUAAAUAAAUUCCUAAUCUUAAAUUUAGUUUAUUUUAUGACCGAUUUAGGCUGCCACUAACUAAAAAUCCAAGUGUAAAAGUAAACAAAUUCUUAACCUCGAAUUUUGUGACCGGUUUAAAAAUGAUAAUAAUCAAACUAAAUAGCUAAGUGAAUUAAACAAAAAAAAAAGUGGUCAGGGGAUGAUCAUAGUUAAUAAUUAUAUCUGCUGCUCCCUUGCUUUUGGACCCUGAAUUAGUAUUGCAUCAUGUCAAGCAGUCUUUAUGAUUUCAAUAUCUGAAUCUAGGUUUUUACAUUUCAUGACUAGUAGAUACUUUAUUUGGAAUUAUAUUAUCAGAAACAUUGAAUUUCAAAAAAUUACUUCUAAUAUUUGGAAAAAACUGCACUUUAGGAAUCAAGUAUAAUUUCAAUAUACAGUUAAAAGUUGUCACACUAUUUAUAUUUUGUUUUUUGUAUUAUAAAAUUUAUGUGUGAUAUUAUAUUAAAUAAAUUAAAGAAAUAUUUCAAACAUAAUCUGUUAACGUUAAAAAAAUUUAAGUGUACAUAGUAAUUUUAAUAGUUACCGUUAUCAGUAUAAAAAAACUUAAUUUGAAUGUUUUACAAUUUUAUUAUUCUUUUUUUAAUUCUGUUAUAAUUAUUUCUAUCCAAACGAUCGGUUCCAAAAGAAAUCACUAAAAUAAAUACAUAAAAAAGCAUUUUUUUCUUAAUUAGAAACCCUAAUUAAUAUAUUUAUUAUAUGGUAAAUUUAGUAAUAUAUUAUCGAAACCAAA